CUUGUAGAAGCAUCGACAAUAGAGAACAUUGCCUUAGAUUAGGGGCAUGUACCUGGAAUAUCAGAGAGCCAUGUACUGGAAUAUUGUUGCAAGGCUGUUUCAGAUUAACUCACUGGCUUGACUUGCUUGUAAAUCAAUCACAGGUUAUCUAUUCUCCGAUAUCUGGUAACGUCAAAACAACGGAUGACUCCAUUCAGAUCACGGGCUGGCCUAAAAGUGAAUGGGCCGGUUAUAUUGUGUUUAUCUCUCAUCUUGAACCCUUUAAUAUUAGCAGUGUACAGAGUGGGCAGAUCAUUGGGACAGCUUUAACAAGUAUAGGCUCAGUUCUGCCCAAUUUUGUGCGCUUGAGUGUUGCACAAGACAGUGUUUAUAAAGAUCCCCUGGAGUACCUGCUUCCAUGCAGCCCUGGUUGUUCUCAAGUGAAACAUUUCUACAAUGGGAUCUGCGAUGAAGCCUGUAAUACAGAACAAUGUAAUCACGAUAAUGGAGAGUGCACAUCGAACUACAACAACCAAUCAGAUUUUUUGCUACAACCGAGAAGCAUCCGUGAUUUCUUUUCCGUUACAACUUUGAAGGUCUUGUACCACUUACAGAAGACAACUGGAGAGAAAUUAAUCGACAUCGCACGUGGACCACUCAGCCUCUACUCUUUGGCUAAGGUGGUAGUGCUCGAAAUACUCGACACUUCUGAUCUUCAUUCACCUCUUGUUUUUAGAAACUACAGGCGCCGAGUUGUCAAAUUUGUGGAGGUUUUGUUGUCUCAGAACACGUCAAUUGAAAAAUUGACUUUGUUAACUGCCGAAAAAGUUAUUGAGCUUGGAGUUCACCGUGUAUCUCCAUUUGGUAGCUGUGGCGCUGACUACGAUAUUGCUGAACUCAAAACCUCUUCAUUGCAAAAUAAAACCAAUUUUCAAAUAGGUCUUGACGCGCUUAUGGAGGCCCGAUUGUUGUUCUACACCCUUGCUCAAAAUUAUAGCGGAACUGUAACACCAUAUUUCCAUCUCCAAAUACCCCGCCAAACCAUCAAAACCAACAAACUCAAGCACUAUGAUCCAACACAACAGGUCAGCCGUGAAUGCAAUUCUCUGACCUCAUGCUCUGGACAUGGCGUUUGUAUGGCAAAUGGGAGCUGCUAUUGUGAUCUAUUCUAUACUGGAAAAAAGUGCCAGAUCAAUAACUGCCCUGAAAGUUGCUCUGGUCAUGGAAAUUGCAUCGAAGGCGUGUGCGUUUGUAACUUUGGUUGGGAUGGAAAUGACUGUUCCAAAAUCAAGUUAUGUACUCCACUAUGUCCACAAAUCUGGAUUGGUGACGGCGUUUGCGAUCCAGAUUGCGAUACACUUGAUUGUUUACAAGACAAAGGAGACUGUCGGAACGUUUGUAUUUGUCCAGAUGCAUGGCUUGGUGACAGAUCAUGUGACCAGGUGUGUAACAACACACUUUGCAACUAUGAUGGUGGUGAUUGUGUUGAAAAGGAGUGCAGUCCCGGAUGUCGAUCAUUAAUGCUAGCAGAUGGGAUAUGUGAUCCUGAAUGUAAUACAGAAUUGUGUGGUGUGGACGAAGGAGACUGUAGUACCAUUCCAACGUGUUCUUGCAGCCAAAAUCUUCAAGGAAACGGCGUGUGUAAUGAGGACUGUAACGUGGCCGCCUGUUUGUACGACUAUGGAGAUUGCACCCUACAAGUCACUGGAGAAAACUGUCCUCCAGCUUGUUCGCCUCCAAUGGUUGGAAAUGGUUUUUGCGACUUGCCCUGCAAUGUGUCUGCCUGCAACUUUGACGGAGAAGAUUGUGACCCAGCUAAAACUGCUUCGACGAUAGAUCUGUGCUUUGAAGGCUGCCUUCCAAGCUUUCGUGGUGAUGGUGAAUGUGAUUCUGUAUGUAAUGUUCGGGCCUGUAACUUCGAUGACAAUGACUGCCCCAAACCUAUCGUUCAAGAGUGUUCUCCAAAAUGCCAACUGAGUAUGGUGGGAGAUGGCAUCUGUCAGUCACAAUGUAAGGUAGAAGAAUGUUCAUUUGAUGCCAAUGAUUGUCAGUGUGCACCUGGUUGUUCAAAUGCGUCUUUAGGAGAUGGAAUUUGCAACGUUGAUUGCUUUGUAGAGCCUUGCAAUUACGACAAUAUGGACUGCAUUUGUUCCUCAAAGAAAUGCCCCAAAGAGUAUCUUGGUAACGGUCACUGUGAUCUUCAAUGCAACAGUAGAAUUUGCGAUUAUGAUGGUGGAGAUUGCACAUGUUCAAAUGAUUGCCCCAUUACCUCUAUUGGCGAUGGAUCCUGUGACCCAGCUUGCGAUACAAGGCUUUGUGAUUUUGAUGGCUUAGACUGUGGAGGCUGCGAGUCCGAAAACCACUUUAACAUUUGUGACGAAAAUGCCGAAUGUAUUGUCACCAACGGAUCGUUACCGUUUUUACAGUGUCAAUGUAAAAAAGGAUUUUAUGGAGAUGGCUUCUCUUGCGUAGAGAGAGGAAACUGUUUCAAUGCGAGCAACAUUUGCUCACCACGUGCAACGUGUAAAGAAUCUAACGGAACGUUUGAAUGUUACUGUAACCCAGGGUGGAUUGGUAACGGCAUUUUCUGUGAAAAUAAAGAUGAAUGUAACGAGGAAAGUCACAACUGCAGCAUUAAUUCAAAAUGUGUUGAUCUACCGGGAGAAUACAAAUGUAUUUGCAAGGCUGGAUGGGUCGGGGAUGGCUACAAUUGUACAGAUGUCAACGAGUGCGAACUCAACAGGCAUUCUUGCUGCGCAAAUGAAGACUGCAUAAACACGAAAGGCAAUUACACUUGCGCCUGCAAGCCUGGGUGGAGGGAAAAAAGGAACUCAACGUCAGCAACAUUAGAAAGAUGCACCUUCAAUACAAGCUUCAUGUGUGUUGACAUAGAUGAAUGUGCAGAAGAGAAACACAACUGCUCUACUUACGAGGGUCAAGCUAAUGCAAUUUGUAUCAACACCAUCGGUGGCUUUCAGUGUUCCUGUUCCGAAGGAUGGCAAGGGGAUGGUUUUUAUUGCAAUGAUAUAAACGAAUGCGUAAAUAGCACUGUCUGUAGUACUAAUCAGGUCUGUAGAAAUAUGGCCGGGAACUAUUCUUGUUCCUGCAAGGAAGGUUGGACACUAACUGGAUCCAUGAAUGACGAAUGCCAAGAUUUGGACGAAUGCACUCUCGGCUUGGACGACUGCGACACCUUCGCAUCUUGCAUUAAUACAAACGGAAGUUUUAGGUGCGAAUGCAUGGAAGGAUUUCAAGACACAGAGAGAAUUUGUACGAAAUACCAUUGUAGAAAUCAGACAAACCGUGCAACUAGCUCAAAUGUGGGAAAUAAUACUGCAACCUCAGAAGAGCUCUGCACUUGUGUCGGAGAGUACAUGAACACUGGACGAACAUGCGUGGACGUAGAUGAAUGUAAGUGGAGUAUAUUCCAUUGCCCUCCGGCAGCGCCAAUAUGCCAAAAUUUGAUUGGUGGUUAUGAGUGCAAAUGUGAUGCUGUGGAUAACUCGUCAUGUGAUCCUGUGAAUCCUUGUGACUCUAGUAACAACACGUGCGAACAAAACAUGACUUGUAUUGCAGUUGGGAUGGAACAUUACUGCGUCUGCCCAGAAGGAUAUACUGAAGACCAAAAUGCAACAGCGUGUAUUGAUGUUGACGAGUGCAUCAAUCCAAAUUUCUAUGGCUCCUGUGAUCCCAAUGCUGACUGCAUCAAUCUUAAUGGCAGUUUUGAGUGUAAGUGCCGUGCAGGCUUCUUUCAGAGCGGGGAUGGUUGUUUCGAAAUUGAUGAAUGUGAAGGAAAGAUCACUCGAACUUUUGCAGGGCUCCUCGAGGAAUGCAAAGUUGGCGUUUGCGCAACAACCGAAACCUGUAUUUAUCGCAACAUUUCAAGUGAUGGAAGCGAUGACAACAGCUUCACCUUGCUUUGUGCCUGCGAUGAUAGCGACAAUAGCAAGAUAGACUGUGUUGAGGCUAUUGUGGAAGUAAUUCAAUCUGCAGAACGCGUUACAACUAUAAUAUCCAUUCCUUUGGAUUUAAUGGUUAACACAAGUUCAAAUGCUACUACGAAAAACCGAACUAGCGUUGGUCAUAACUGUACGAAGAAAGCCACUUGCAACAAUACGGUAGGAUCAUAUGAAUGUAUAUGCCAGGAAGGAUAUGAAAGGCAAGACGGCGGACGGAACUGCGAGGAUAGAGAUGAGUGCCUUGCAAACGAUACUUGUCAUGCCAAUGCCACUUGUUUAAACACAGAUGGGUCCUUCUCUUGCGAGUGCAAAUCUGGUUUUACUGGAAAUGGUCUAACAAACUGUUCCGAUGUUGAUGAAUGUUCUCUCAAAAUUGGAAAUUGCACUCACAACUCCUUUUGUGUAAAUACAGCAGGAAGUUACAUUUGUACAUGCUUAGAAGGUUUUCAGCGAAACGGGACUUUGUUGUGUGAAGACAUGGAUGAGUGUUCCAGUACUGAUCUCAAUAAUUGUCACCCAAGGGCAUCGUGUGAAAACUCCAUUGGUGGUUACAACUGCAGCUGCUUGAAAGGCUACUCGGGCAACGGUUUCACAUGUUCGGACAUAGAUGAAUGCAGAGUUAAUUCCAUUCUGUGCGCGAAACAUGCUUCUUGUUACAACACUCUCGGUUCUUAUAAAUGCAAGUGUGACCGGGGCUGGUCAGGGGAUGGACAAAUCUGUACUAACAUUGACGAAUGCUCGCUUGGUUUGCAUACGUGUGUGGAAAAUUCAUACUGUAUAGAUAACCAAGGGAGUUACACUUGUCCUUGUAACAGAGGAUGGAAACGUCAGUGGUUUGAGCCCUAUGGUAGAUGUUCCAGGUGUGAUCCAAACCUUUUCUGUUCUGGUCAUGGACAGUGUUUGCGAAAUGGAACGUGUGACUGUCUUAGUUAUUACAGUGGACAGAACUGCUCCGUGUGCAGGCCAGACGUCCGUUGCUCAGGCCAUGGAACCUGCGACUUUAAUGGGAACUGUUACUGUGAACAUGGCUGGACAAGACAACCUCUGGAUUGCAGUAUUUGCUUACCAGAGACGCUGUGCAGUGGCCACGGUACAUGUAACUACGACCUGAUAACGUACAAAAACCAGUCUUGUUUUUGUGAUGACAGGUACUUUGGGAAUAACUGUAGCAAAGCAUGUCCUUUUGAGAAGGGUGAGGUGUGUGGGCCUAAUGGCUACUGCAACCGUGAUCCAGGUGCAUUGUACCCAUGUGUUUGCUUCUCCGGAUAUCAAUGGAACGAUAGCUCCUCCUUUUGUGAGGACGUUGAUGAGUGUCUUCUUAACUCACACCAUUACUUGCCACCAGCCAGAUGCAUUAACACCCCAGGCUCCUAUCGCUGCCAGUGUCCUUCCCUCGUGGGGUGGUCCUUCGAUGGCAGAUCUUGCAAUGAUACUGAUGAGUGCCAGUAUCCAAAUGUUUGUGACCCACAGGCUGCGUGUGUCAACUUUCCAGGAGGAUUUAAUUGCAGUUGUAACCUAGGAUGGCGAGGACAAGGGGCACACCCUACAUGUUCUGAUAUCAAUGAAUGUGCGGAAGGAACUAACAAAUGUCCGAAUCCGUCUAGAUGUGUCAACACCCUUGGGAGUUAUUAUUGCGUUUGCGAUCCAGGCUGGGAAAAAGUUUCAGAGUUCCAGUGCACAGAAAUAGAUGAGUGCAGUCGCGGAAUUGAUGGAUGCGAUCCCAACUCUGCUUGUAAAAACACACCCGGAAGCUGGAAAUGCACAUGUAACAAUGGGUGGUACCCAUACCCAUCUGAUGCACGUCUACCCACGUGUAAAGACGUGAAUGAGUGCGUAGAAGAUCCAAAUGCUUGUCCAGUACAGUCGCUGUGUGUUAAUUCUGUAGGUUCAUACCAUUGCAACUGCCUGUCCGGUUGGCGAAACCGAGGUCCUCACGCAUGCGACGAUAUUAACGAGUGUUAUGAAGGAUCAUACAGCUGCCCAUCAAACUCACGGUGUAUUAAUACGCAAGGUUCGUAUCAAUGCCACUGCAAUUCUGGUUACACUCCACCUAUCACCACAACAACUUGUCAAGACGUCGAUGAAUGUGCAAUAGGAAGCCACUCCUGCUCCUCAUAUGGCAACGCCUACUGUGUCAACACCAUUGGUUCCUAUACUUGUCAAUGCUACCGCUGCUACUACAUGUCUGGCAGUUCGUGCCAACCUGAUUGCCGGUCGGUCACUCGGUACUAUUAUGUAAGAACCUAUACCAGCUAUACCACUUACUACACCACACGUUGCGGUGUGUGGGGCAGAUGCAGGGCUUCAAGGCGGGCGCGGAAGUCACAACAGAAACUACUAAGUCGAAGGGUCUGGGUUCCAAAUCGUCAUGGGGCAAGUUGUCCGUGUUCGUAAAUGACGUUAUCAUCAAGUCCUUACAGUUUUAGGAAAUUAUUUCGUAUAGCUGCUUACAUAUGGCCUUAACUACAGAGGCGGGCAAAUGACGAUGCGACAUAUGGCAAUCCAUUUCAACGAAAACCGUUGUCGUAUGUGUUUUAUAGCUGUAUAAGGUUUCUAUAAUUCCUUAGCCUUAGUGACGCUCUACAAAAGCGGAAAAAACAUAUUUUUAAUCUUACGGGCCAGUUUUUGUGUUGCUAGUUUGGAGGGAGGGGGAGGAGGUGGAGCGGGAGAAUGGGGAAGAGCCAGGAGCCCAUGACUGAGUUAAGUCCGUUCAUGCUUUGUUUCGUCAAUUGUUGUCAGGGGUCAGGGGCGUACACCCUGUUCAAGAACUGCCUCCAGUGUGGGGUCCAAUCCCCAACCGCCAUGGCCACUAAAAAUUGAGAAAUUCCGGGCAUUGACUGCGUGAUUACUGCUUGGUCGUCCUGAAAAAGGAAAAGGCGCUAACAGCGUUCUUAUGCAUAAAGGUGGAAUAAAAAAAUAACACCAGGGGCCAUUGCCAAAGUUUUUUAAGAAUCAAUGUUCAACGUUACGUCCAUCUUCUAUGAAUAAAGUUGUUUACUAACUUACUCACCGAAGGCCAUUUCCGAGUUACAUUGUGCCUCUGUUUCAAAACGAGUCUUCGUGCAAAACGUUUCUUAUGAAAAUAAGUUUGAUUUGCAUGAAAAUGAACCUGUAAGCGGAACUCAUUCUCAUAUGAAUAGUUUCACACUUAGACUCGUUUUGACAGAGAAACAAAAGACAACUCGGAAAUGGUCUAUUUAGUAUGCAACUAAAAACCAGGAUUUGGAUGGGGUUCCUGGUAUCUCAGAUGUCAGUUAAAAAAUGUCAGCCCACUUCUUGGAUAUUAGAAAAUUUUGCAGCUCUCAGAUCUCAGCUGUAUAUCAGUUCUCAGCUACAAGUUAAUAAAACUCGUCCAGACUCUCCAAAAAUAGCUUAGUUUUACACCUGAUCCUUUAUUUUCCACAAGGCUACCAGUAGUUAAUGUUUCUAACCUCUCAACGCAGUAAAUGGGAAUUUCGUCUGUUUAAGGAGAAUUGAUAGACUUGUAUUGGGGGUUAGUCAAAAAAACCUCAGUCUCCAAGCGAGACUGCUUGGUGUUCAGCGGGCCUCCUCAUUCCCUUUGCUCCAUGCCCUACCCUCCCCCCUUGCCCCCAAAGAAAAAGCACGAAUCGGUUGUUCAAAAACGGUUGCUUUGAGAUAAAAAGAUUGCGUGCUAUUAUCUAAAAUAAGAAAUAUAGUUGCUGGCGAUAGCGAUAACGCAGAAACCGGAUAGAAGUAUUGUUUAGGUGUAUACACUCUGCAAUUUUCACUCGAUUACUAUAUUUUUUUUUACAUUUCACUUAAAUUUUAAAUAAUGUAGGUAUCUAUGGGUACUGUUGUUACAAUAGGCAACCUAUUGUAGGUAAAAAGACUAAAACAAAACAGAGAAUUAUAAUACAUAAACAUUUAGUAGAGUAGAAAAUAUAGUUUCCGUGUUUUCUCGAUUACCUAAAACUUGACCGGUGGCGGAUCUAGACCUUGAGCUAAAAGAGGGGGAAGGGGGGG